AUGGCCGAUGGAAGUAAUUCAAAACCAGAUGAAGAAGUCAGGAUAUUUUUGGCGGACAUGAAGGAUGGAUUACAAUACGUGUCGAGGUCGUCUUCCUUUCCAUUUUUUUAUACAAUAGACCGAGUUUUCAAGCCAAUACGUGAUGUAAAGCCAGAGGCCUACACACCUCGCUUGAUUUCCAUUGGUCCUCUUCACCGUGAAGAAAUGGUCUUAAAACCCAUGGAAGCACAUAAGCUGCGGCUUGUAAACGAUUUUCUAGACCCAGAAAAUAAUAAUAAAAAAGCAACUUCGAUGGCUGAAUAUUGUUUCAAUGAGAUGAGGGGUUUGGAAAAAGAAGUUCGGCAAUGGUAUUCAGAAGUCAUCCUACUCGAGAAUAACGAGUUUGUGAAGAUGCUGGUGGUGGACGGCUGCUUCCUACUUCAACUCAUCCUCCGGUGGACGGAAUACACCGAUGACCCUAUAAUCAAUGAUAAAUGGAUGCCUCAUAUUAUACGUGACCUGUUGUUGCUUGAGAAUCAGCUUCCCUUCUUUGUCCUCCACAAAUUAUACAAUCUAUGCAAUAAGGGUGAUCUUCGUUUUGGUGAUUCAGAAGAACCAUCUGCUUCUGUACAUGCAUUAAUAAGUACAGACGCACGAUCUUUCUUACAAAAUUUCUUGGGACCAACUCCCAAUUUACUGCCUUGCGAUAAACCGAAGGAUUCGGAAGAUUUGUAUUUGCUUGAUUGUGUACGGGAGUUGUUUACUUCAAAGAAUCCGCCGCAGGUUCUCGAGAGACCAACGCCUUGUGAUAAACUCAAGUGUCUUCUCCAGAGAUUCAUAUCAAUUAUAUUAAUUGAUUUAUCGGAAAAGCGAAAACUCAAAUGUGCAACGGAGCUCAAGAAGUCGGCUGCGGUUAAGUUUAAGAAGAGCGAGACAAGGUGCUUCACGGAUAUAACUUUCGAUCCCAAUGAAGGAAUGUUGAGUAUCCCAUCUAUUCAAAUUGACAGCUCCACAGAAUCUAUGCUCCGAAAUCUCAUCGUCUUGGAGCAAUCUGAUCAGGUAUUUUUAAAAAAAAUCACAGGUUAUGUAGUCUUCAUGAAUGAGCUCAUCAACUCUUGUGAGGAUGUGAAGUUGCUGCAGAAGGAGGAUGAGGAGAUUUUUACAACUGGAAGCGGCAAGAACAUUAAGCCCGCAGAGGUAGCUGUUUUUUUUGAAAAUCUUCUAAAAGAAGUUCCACUUCCUCCAAAUGAUGAGCUCUACUUCGACGAUGUUUAUGAGGAACUGAAUAGGUAUUACGAUAACUCAUGGUUCAGAGUUGGGACAAUAUGGCACAGAUUCGUCUCAAGAUUCUACCGAUAUAUGAAUAUUCUCAAGGCUAAAUAUUUUGACAGCCCAUGGUCAGUCAUUGCAUUCUUUGCUGCAGCAGUUAUCCUCUUCUUGACCGCCGCACAAACAUUUUUUUCUUACGACUUUUGGAAGAAAGGAAACUGA